UGUUUUCACCGGCUAACGGUCUCCAAAUCGCUACUUCCGCAGUCAACGAGACGAAAGCGGAAGUACACAAAGCUGCAAAUCAAAUCCAACGAAGAAGAAAAACCGACACAAACAAGUCCAGCUUCCGUUUCAGAAUGGCGGACGAGGAGGACGAACCCGGUUUCGACGAGGAGCUGGACGACGGAACCAGCGGGGUGGACGUGGGCCACGGCAGGAGGAAGAGGCUCUUCUCCAAGGAGCUCCGGUGCAUGAUGUACGGCUUCGGGGACGACCAGAACCCGUACACGGAGUCCGUGGACAUCCUGGAGGACCUGGUGAUCGAGUUCAUCACGGAGAUGACCCACAAAGCCAUGUCCAUCGGACGCCAGGGCCGCGUCCAGGUGGAGGACAUCGUGUUUCUGAUCCGUAAGGACCCCCGGAAGUUCGCCAGAGUCAAAGACCUGCUGACCAUGAACGAGGAGCUGAAGAGAGCCAGGAAAGCCUUCGACGAAGCCAAUUAUGGCUCCUAAACGACUCAUUUUUUGUAGGAAACACGUUUGAUUUGGAGGUUUGUGUCGUUUUGAUUUGUUAUUCAAGCUUGACUUGUUGUCCAAAUUGUGUUUUUGUGGCAUAAAUAUAACAAGAAAUGUCCCAAUGGUGGGCAUAAACUUAAUAACAUGUUGUUUAAUUGUCGUAAUAAAGUAACUUUCAUAUUGUUUUAA